CUGUCAUUCUGAGAUGCCGAACGGAGCGCGCGCGGGACGCCAUAGAGAGCCGCCGCCGCACGCGCAUAGAUCCAUCCGAUCAGCUGAAGACGUCGGUCAGUACUUGGAGACAGCAGAAUGUGUGUGAGAUGGCAUUUCUACACCCUGUAAGAGACCAGUGAAUGUUUUUUCGAUGGAAUACGUGAAGGAAUCUUGGACGGAAAAACCAGCGCCCCAUGACGAUUUAGUGCAAUUUCUGCAUGAAGAGGGAUUAGCUCAAUUUUACUCAGUAACUGACAAUUAAUAUCAACUGGCACACACAUGCAGCCUUACGCUGCUUUGCCUGAAGCACAAUCACUAAUGGAUAGGAUGGUACAUGAUAUUCAUCGCCCUAAACACACAUAAAACCCUCCAUAAUGCCUUCAAAAGUCUCAUGCUUAUAUGUGUUGACAGUGGUUUGUUGGGCAAGUGCCCUAUGGUAUCUGAGCAUAUCCAGACCCACGACGUCAUUAGUUGGGCAGCUGACGGUGCCCACACGCAAAACCGUUAAGCCACAAAGAACCGCCAACACCACUUUUAACAACAUCCGAACCCGCCCUUUAAACCCCCAUGCGUUCGAUUUCAUCAUUAACGAGCCCAAGAAAUGUGAGACCAACGUGCCCUUCCUGGUGAUCCUCAUUAGCACGACACAUAAGGAAUUUGAUGCUCGGCAGGCGAUUCGGGAAACAUGGGGGGACGAGAGUACGUUUAGCGACCUUCGCAUCAUAACUCUCUUCCUUCUUGGCCGCAGCACAGACAACAUGCUCAAUCAGAUGGUGGAGCAAGAGAGUCAGAUCUUUCAUGACAUCAUAGUGGAAGACUUUGUGGAUUCCUACCAUAAUCUGACUCUAAAGACGCUGAUGGGAAUGCGUUGGGUGGCCACGUUCUGUAAGGAGGCCAAGUACGUGAUGAAGACAGACAGUGACAUUUUCGUCAACAUGGACAACCUGGUGUACAAGUUGCUAAAACCGGAUACUAAGCCAAGACGGAGGUAUUUUACGGGCUACGUAAUAAAUGGCUCACCUAUUCGGGAUAUGCGCAGUAAGUGGUACAUGCCCAGAGACCUGUACCCAGAAAGUAAGUACCCCCCGUUCUGCUCCGGCACAGGCUAUGUCUUUUCAGCAGAUGUGGCUGAGCUGAUCUAUAAGACUUCGCUCCAUACCCGCCUGCUUCAUUUGGAAGACGUUUACGUAGGAGUUUGCUUACGGAAGCUUGGCAUUCACCCGUAUCAGAACAGUGGCUUCAAUCACUGGAAAAUGGCUUACAGUCUGUGUAGGUACCGCCGAGUAAUCACAGUGCACCAAAUCUCUCCCGAAGAGAUACACCGGAUCUGGAACGACAUGUCCAGCAAGAAGCACCUCAAAUGUUAGUAACGCCUGAGGAAUUCCAUCUAUCUGUAUUGAUCUUUUUAUACACAGAACAUAAAAAGACACAAUGUGCAUCUGUGAACUAUGGAGAGCAUACAGUAUAGAGAGAACAGUCUGUGACACCUUGACCUGUUUUGUAAGUAGGAAAAGGUCAGAUCAAGAUCAUCUAACAAGAAGAAAAUGCUACUGUUGAUGUGCAACUUGAAAGUACACGGAUAAAUACGUCGACUGUGUGUUCUUGCCGUGCCAGUCUAAUUGCAUCAAGAGAGGGUGCGCUGUGCUUCUUUUUUUUUAUGCAUAAACAGUUUUCUGCACUGUAGUAAUUCAGCUCAUCAGCGAAACAAAGGUGCAGUCUGGAUUAAAACCAAACAUGAAUGUCCUUGAUAUUUUCUUUCAUUGCACAUAGUUUUGUUGGAUCUAAUUAAAAGUGUUGAUGUGUUCAGCACUUGUUUAAAAACUUUCCAACAGAUGCUUUUUUUUCACACUGCCGUUCCGUUUGUUUACAUAUUGGUGUGUUCGAAGAAAAAUGACUCUUUUUUUGGAAGAAAAAAAAAAGUGAAGAUUUAUGACUCAUUAUUUAUGAUAACUGCUAUAACAAAAAAUAAUUUAUUUCCAUACUUAAUGCUUAGCUACUGUCCUUACAUCAGAUCCAACUGGCUCAUCUUUGUAUUAUUGCUGCAUACGUAUAAUAUAUUGAUUACUUACCAGUUAGUACUAAGUAUCCUAUAAAGCGCAUUUACUGUGUUUGGUAAAAGGCACUAUGAAGACGUUCCUUGGAGGAAUGUUUUAAGAUGUAAAUGUUACAUAUUAAUCUAUAUGAAGAACUUUAAUGAAAAUGAUGGAACGUGGAAACUUUAUAUUUUCUAAAAACUUAAUUGUUCGGGCCAAAUUUGAUUUUUCCUGUGUUUAUUUUUCUAUUCACUAAGUGUGACAUUGUGAAAAGCAUAAACAGUGGGGAAACUGUCCCCAUUAGGAGAUUGUUGUAUUGUUGUGUUAUACUGUGAUUUUUUUUUUACAUAAAAAAAUGCAAGCAUA